GAGCUGCGCCGCCGGACGUGCGGACCCGACCCUCUGCCAGUGACAACGUCGCGCGGCUCGGAAAUAUUUCCAGUUGCGGCCAUGGAGUGCCUCAAAAGCUGCUGCAAGAACUUCAUGAAGAAAAAGGGGAGGGAGCAGGAGACCCAAGUGAUCAAACUGAAGAUGCCUCCUAACAAGCCAGUGGCCUCAGGAUGGGAGUCAAAUGAAAGGAGGAGGGGGGUGACGGAAGAUUACCUCCUGUCCAAGCUGCCCCCAGAUGGCAGAGAGGUGCCGUUUGUCCUGCCGACCUUCAAGGCCUCCUACAUCCAGCCCAGAGGCUCCCGCUACCCCAAUUUUCAGUCCGGGCUGCAGAGUUCAGCCCGGUGCACAUACGCAGAGAAGAAGGCAGAGCUUCUGGGCUCUAGUCACUUCACCUACAGCCCACAGACCAGCUUCCAUCAGGGUGAGAUGGCCGAGAACAUCUCCCCUGGCUCCAUCUGCCACGACAAGAACAGGAACUACAGCCCACAAAGCCCAGGUUGGAUUCUGAAGCCGGGCGGCCAGCAGCGCCUGAGCAGCUCCAUGUUUGAUCUGUCCAGCCCUAAGAGUCACAUGCAGCGCUUUGACUCCUUCUCCAGUGUCUUCAGCAGCAGCACGUCCUCAGUGAUGGGCUCCGUUGAAAGCAGCGUGGAAUCCAUUACCCUGCCUGCAGAUGAACCUGAGUUGGGGAAGGUAUGCAUCCGUCUGAGCUACCAGGAGGCUUUGGAGCAGGUCUGGAUCACUCUGGUCCAGUGUUCAGACAUCAACCUUCCUCCGGAUGGAGUGGAACAACAAAAGAUUGGAUUUAAAGGAAUCAUCACCGUCCCCAAACCCAUCCAGUUCAAGAGCUCAGUCAAGGAGUACUGUCGGGCAAUGGAUGUGUCCUUCAUGGAGACCUUUGUGUUUGCGCUCCGUCUCCAGCAGUUGCGCUGCAGUGCCUUAGUGCUGCGGCUGCAGGCACACAACCCCAGGAAACGUACCGUGGCGGAGUGUGUCCUCUCCCUACGACAGCUCGGUCCUCAGGAGACAGACCAUUGGCUCGACUUCAACCCUCCGUCCAAAUCCUCUGUGUUCCACUCUGAGCUGCAUCUCACCACCUGCUUUCAGCCGGUCAACGGCCGCAUCCAGAUCCAGAUCCUCACUGCCCAAAACCUCCCAGCAUCCUCCUCGCCACUCACCCAAGUGUUUUUUGUCAAGGCGGAGAUUCACCAGUUGGGGCAGAUGAUUAUGAAGAAGAAGACUCGGCUGAUGAAGGCCUCGGGGGGUCAGUGUCAGUGGGCGGAGACUUUUCACUUCCAACUGGCCGCUUUAGACCACGCCAGCUGGAUGUCAGUCAAACUCUACAGUCGCAGCUCGGUCAGGAGGAAGCAGUGUCUCGGACAGGUUCAGCUGGGAUUCGACAGCCCCGUCCCCGAGGCUGUGGAGCAGUGGAAGGACACGAUGGCUCACCCAGAGAAAGUGGUGGCAGCGUGGCACAGGCUGAGCGCUACCUAAACCUCUUCUCCCGACUCCCUCUUCAUGUACGGUGGAUGUAAUGCUUUCGCGCUGCAGGUCCAGUCGGCCGGCCACAGUCCUGUACGCUGAUAGACAGUUGACUCUGAUGGACUGGACUGUAAAGUACUGAGAGUGCUCUGAAAAGCACCGGGAGAGCAAAAGAUGGUUCAGGUGGUCAGUUAGCGUUUGUGAAUAGGGGCUUUGAACAAAGUGUAGGUACUGGAAAAGGUUUUCAUGUGGUUUUUGUGCAGAAAAUUAGGAUUUUUCUGAAACAACAAUAGAGCUUUUGCUUAAUUAACAAUAAUUGAGCCGCAUAGCAUUUAGUUGUAUAUAAUGCUAUAUUUUGUAAGUCACGUGCCGUGUGUAUAUAACUGCUUUUUAGUGAAAACCAUGUCACUUUGUUUCAGCUGGAUAGAAAGUUUACAGGCAGAGAAAGUGAUGAUACAGCCAAAUGUACUGCAUUAAAAACUUCAAGUUACCAGUCUGUAAAUAAAUCCCAUCUUAAAGGAUAACGCUAUCAAUUCUGUAUUUUUCUUAUUAUCAGCUAAACCAUAAAAAGACCAAAACCAUCAAUUUGCUAGUCUAUUUCUCGAUACUUUUCGACUUUCCUAUCCUGUUUCUGGCUGUCAGCCUAACCCCAGCGGUUCCUACUGAAGACGUAAAUCUUAAAAAAUGGGUCAUGAAUACAUAGUUUAAUUUUUGUUUUUAAAAAAGCUAUGAAAAUUUCUAAAACAGCUAGGGAGUGUAUUGUUUCAGCAAAUAUUCCUCGAACGGGGGUAAAUUGUGUAUUUUUGGAGACUAUUUUCAGACGCGGACGAAUACACGUUUGGUCUGUUGGUGAUGAGUAUUUCCAGCAGCAGGAUGGCGUUUGGCUGAAAAAACUACGGUGCCCGUGUUCUUCUUCUAAUAAAAGGAGCAUGUCACCCUUUGCAACAGUGUUUCUCUCUGAUACGUUUGAAUAGUUUUUGGACAACAAUGAAUGGAGAUCAAUAAAAUAUAGGAGCUGUAUCAGUUUUUUUUAUUUUUUUAUUAACAGAUCCUUGUUAGUAGGAUCAGUUCACUGUUGGUUUUGGUCUUUUCAUGGGAUUUGUCGACAAUAAGAAAAAUAUGGAAAAUCACCAGAAUUAUCCUUUAAUUCCAUAAAAGGUGAGCUAGAAGGCUUUCCCUUAUCCCUAAUUUAACUUUAGAGGAUGUCAUGUUACUGUACAAUACUGCAGCAGAUGUAUCAAGCCUUAGACGUUCGCUUUUGAUAAAAAGCACUUUAAUUUUUUAUUUAUUUGAUGUUUAAUGUUGAAAGUUCAGUGAUUAAGAGUAGGUUUUGGAAUUGUCAAGUUAGUCUGUGUGUUUAUUAAAAGAAGUGGAGAGAGGGCUAAUGUGAAAUAAAAUGUUUGAGCAGGACUCCGUAGGUGCCCUUUGAUUUUCAACUGAAUCCAGUAAACAAGAGGAUCUCUG